GUCAACGUGGCCAGUGUGAUGGGCCGCAUCUCCUUUUUCGGCGGGGGGUACUGCAUCUCCAAGUUUGGUGUGGAGGCCUUCUCUGACAGUCUCCGAAUUGAGAUGUGCAACUUCGGGGUGAAGGUCAUUGUGAUCGAGCCAGGCUACUUCAAGACAAUGAUCACCAACGCUGAGAACGUGGAGAAGAAUUUACUUUCCAUCUGGGAGAAGCUCCUGGAGGAAACCAAAGCGAGUUACGGGGAGAAUUACUUGAAGGAGUGUUUGGUAGCACUCAGGAAGAUGCAGAUGAGAUGCAACUCCAACCUGACGCUGGUCACGGACUGCAUGGAGCAUGCGUUGACCAGCCGUUUCCCACGCACCCGCUACUCUGUGGGCUGGGACGCCAAGCUGCUCUACAUCCCCCUCAGCUACUUGCCAUCAGCCCUCACAGAUUUCAUAUUCACCUGGUCCUACCCCAAACCUGCCCAGAAAGUCUAAGGCAGGGACAUGGCACAGGCAGCCAACAGGCAGCAGUAGCCAGAGCCCGGCAGCGCAGGGUGGGAUCCAGCAUCGCCCACAGCUGAGGCCAUGCCAAUAGGUUCCUGAAUUUCUAACUCAAUGUAUGUCUCACAACCCGCUGUCCUCUGCUAGCAGACUGGUUUGCUUCUGAAUAAAGACAACUCCUCCUCCC